AUGGCUGAUCAUCAAUCAAAAUUCGAGCGUCUUGCUAGACAAGUCGAAAAGAUUGCUCGGAUUGUUGAUUAUGAUGGAGGUGAAGGGCAUAACGCCAGGGGAAAUAAUGAAGGAGUAGAAAAUGUUUUUCAAAAUGCAGAUAAUGUUUUGAAUCAAGAAAACCCUUAUGUAGUUUCCCAAGGUCAAAAUGCUUAUGGCGUUUUAGCCAGAUUACGUGCUAAUCAUGGUGGUGAACGUUAUCAAGUCACUAGAAUUGUGGAAGAAGUUUUAAAUCGAGUUGGGCCCAAUGUUGGUUUUAUGAAUCGACCACAUUUUGUGUCUGCUUUUCCCCAAGUUGUUCAGAUGGCUGAAGUGCCAAGAGGGGUGAAGAAUCCAAAAAUAGUCACAAAAUUUGCUAGUGAAGUCGGAGAAUCAACUAUUGAACAUGUUGCUCGUCAUUUGGUCGAGAUUGGGAACUUAGCCAAUGAUGAAAAUUUGAAAAUGAAACCAAAUUCCAUCACAACAUGGAAUCAGUUAGAAACUGCUUUUCACGCUCAGUUUUAUCGAGGGGAGAUGAAUGUAGCAGUUACUGAUCUAGUGGCUUUGAAACGUGAAGAUGGUGAAACCAUUGAUGAUUAUUUAAUACAUUUCAAAAAUGCUAGAAGUAGAUGCUAUGUGUCAUUACUCGAAAGUGAGGUAGUAAAAAUAGCAACUAUGGGGUUAGGAUUCUAUAUGCGCAGAAAACUGCUUAAUGAGUAUAUUCCUGAUUUGGCCCAUUUGGCUGAAAAGGUUCGACAGACCGAACUCAUGAAAAAAGAAAAAGAAAAGUAUAUAAAUGAACAAAGAUCAAAGAAUAAACCCUUUACUCGAAAAGAAAAGGUUUCUUAUGUGACCAUGGAAUCCUCAGAGGAGGAAUUCGAUUUCGAAACAGAAGUCGAUUUGGCCGAACUUAAGAAAGGUCCUCCAUAUGUUUGUUAUUUAUUGAAGAAACUUCCAAAUAAACAAUUAAUUCUGUCUGAGGGUAGAACUUUACUUUCCGUGAAAGAUUUAAAAGAAAAACCUUACUGUAAAUUUCACCAAGCAACAAGCCAUUCGACUAACAGUUGCGUCCGUUUUAGGGACUUGAUUCAAGAAGCGAUAAUGGAAGGACGGUUGAAAUUCGACGAUGGCAAGAAAGAGAUGAAGGUUGAUGUGGAUCCUUUCGAGGUUGAUGCCAGUUAUGUCGAACCUUGUUUUGGAGUGAACAUAGUUGGCAUGUCCUAUGAUUUUGAAGUGGCUCUUGAUGAUUUCGAGUCACAGGUGAGGUCUGUAUACCCCCCCAAAACAGGGGAUGGUUAG